AUGGCCGACCAGAGUACUGCUCUCUGCGGCGUGCCAGCAGCUUUUGUGGCAUUAUCCAGCAUUUCAGUCGCCCUUCGGUGUUAUGUGCGGCUGCGUAUUGUCAAGGCCUUUGGCUGGGAUGAUUUUGUCAUGAUACUUGCACUGUUAUUAUACAUCAUGCUCUGUGGGUGUAUGAUCGGCGCCUAUGUCUGGGGCACAGGGAAGAAUCUGUCAGAGUUGACUCGCAAACAGCGAAGCAACGCCAUGGCAUACUGGUUCUUCGGUGAUAUAUUUUACGCCAUCUCAUCAAUCCUGGCCAAAACAUCCGUGUGCAUAUCUCUUCUCCGUGUGAUGGUGUCCCCAUUGCAUAGGAGGGUGUUGUACGGAGCAACGGCACUCGCAGUCACCAGCGGUGUCGUUUUUUUCAUCCUUAUGGUGGUACAAUGCUCGCCCGUCUCUUUCUGGUGGACACAGAUCGAGGGUGAUACGGAUGGGAAGUGUAGCGCGGUCAACACUAUUGGGAUUAUGCUGUAUGUCUUCAGCGUGACAUCCGCCGUAUUCGAUAUGACUGUAGGCGUACUGCCUAUUAUCCUUGUGCGUGGCCUGCAGAUGAAUCGAAAGACGAAGAUUGCUGCGGCGAGCCUUCUGGGACUUGCGUGCAUUGCGAGUGUCGCCAUCAUCAUCCGAAUCCCCUUUAUCACGAAAAUGCACAAUCGGGGCUUCCUAUACUCAGCCAUCCCAAUAGCAAUCUGGUCCUCCAUCGAAAUCGGUUUCUCAAUAACAGCCGGCUCCCUCGCAACCCUCCGGCCCCUCUUCCGCACCUUCACCAGCCGUUCCUCCACCAAAUACAGCCCCUUCGCCAACGGUCCCUUGAACCCCAGUAUCUCCAGAAGGCCCCGCAAGUCCAGGUCCAAUGGUAUCAAUCUCAUAGCAGAGCCGCUCACCCUUGUCACUUUUGACAGCGGCCUCGGGCUCAGACGAAACAGGAGUCUCUCAGCACUAUCCCGCCAUAGCAAUAGCAUUGAUAGAGAGCGUCUUGGGGGCCCAAGUGGGAGCAUCUUCGCGCCGUUUACUGGUAUACCGAUGACCAACAUGCGCUCGACAGUUGAUAUUGAGGGGGGCGAAGCUAGCGGGAUCGAGGAUCCUGAGCGGGAUGCGACGCCUGGUUCGCGGAUUGGUAUUCAUAGGACAUUUGAGGUUUCAAGAAGUAGUGCAUGA